AUGAAUGUUGAGCCCAGGGAGCAGAUCGCCCAAGUGAAUUCCCUAGCCACCGCGCCCGGCGUCAUGCUCGCGUCGUUUGCGCAUCUGGAUGAAAAAAAGAUACUGCGGAAGAUGGAUCUGCGGUUGAUCUCCAUGCUGGCGUUACUAUACCUACGUAGUUUUCUUGAUCGGGGGAAUAUCGGCAUGCCUCACCGACCCCCUCACAUCACCGGCCCGCAAUUCAACUGGUGCCUCACCGCCUUCUUCUUCCCCUACUGCAUCUUCGAAGUCCCCUCCAACCUGCUCCUCAAGCGCCUGCGCCCCUCCGUCUGGCUGCCCACCAUCAUGGUCGCCUGGGGCCUCGUCAUGUCGCUUAUGGGCAUCGUGCAAAACUUCCACGGCCUGCUCGUCACGCGCAUCUUCCUCGGCGCCGCCGAGGCGGGCUUGUUCCCCGGCGUGGCGUACUACAUCACCAUGUGGUACUGCCGCCACGAGGCCCAGACCCGGCAGGCGCUAUUUUUCAGCGUGGCGAGUAUUGCGGGUGCGUUCAGCGGGUUGUUGGCGUUCGGGAUUGCGCAUAUGGACGGCGUGGGUGGGCUCGCCGGGCGGCGGUGGAUGUUUAUCCUCGAGGGGAUACUGACUGUGCUAGUUGCUUUGCUCGCCUACUUCGUUUUGGCGUUUGUUGUGUAUCGGCUAAAGUACCAAGGCCAGGGCGGAGAAGAGAGGGACGGGGUCCAGGGAAGGGUUUCGUGCAACGUGUGGUUGUAUUGGGGGAUCGUGGCGCCGCUUUACGGGAUAUCGCUCUUCCUGCCGACCAUCAUCAAGGGGCUAGGGUAUACGAGCUCGACGGCGCAGCUACUCACGGUGCCUAUUUACAUCACCGCAUCGGUGUUGGCGAUCGCGGUGGGCUACGCGAGUGAUCGGUAUGGGAAGCGGUCGCCGUUCAUCCUCGUGUGUUUGUGUAUCAUGGCGGUGGGGUUUAUCAUGUGUAUUGCGAGCUCGAAGCCCGGGGUCGUCUACGCGGGCUUGUUUUUCGCGGCGUGCGCCUUGUACCCUGCGUUUGCGGGAAGCGUCACGUGGUUGAGUAAUAAUCUGGCGGGAAGCACGAAGAGGGCCAUGGGACAGGCGAUUCAGAUUGGAGUGGGUGGGUUGGCUGGUGCUAUGGCGUCCAAUUUUUACAGAUCCGAAGACGCUCCCCAUUACAGGCUCGGCCAUGCCCUGGAGCUUGUCUUCAUUGUUGCGGGUAUCUUUGCGCUUCUUCUGAUAGCAUUCAACUACCGUCGUAUCAAUGCGAAGAGGGAAUGGCAGUUGGCUGAAGGGGGACACGCUGGGUAUUCGCCGGAAGAAAUGAGCGCGCUGAGCGAUCGAGCGAUGACCUUCAAGUACACGUUAUGA